AUGCGCACCUUCUUCUUCUUCUUCCGCCGUGGUCUUCUUCCCAGCACGGCGUUGAGUUCCACCGCAUCAUUGCUUCUCGCCUUCUUCGUCAGUAUCGUCCAAACAUUCUUCGUGCUUGCUCCAGGCUUCCACCCCCCAUCUGGCUCUGUGGUCAAAGAGCGAAACAGGAAUAGAGGCAAAGCAACAGAGGAGUUGGCUUUGCUGGCGACAAUGGUGGAAGCAGUAGGGUCCUUCGAGAGCAGAGGCCCCGGUGUUGUGGGGAUGAGCAGCACGCUGGAGGAGGUGCAGAUGCAGGAGACUCUCGCCUUCUCUGAAAUCAUCAAGGAUCUCAAGACACUGAGGUCGCAGCUGUACUCCGCGGCAGAGUACUUCGAACUUGCGUACAUGCAGGAAGACAAAAAGCAGGCGGUGACAAAGAACCUCAAGGAGUAUGCCGUGAAGGCCCUUGUCAACACGGUUGACCACCUGGGGUCCAUAUCUUUCAAGGUCUCCGGCCUAAUCGAUCAAAGGUUCAAUGAGGUCGCCGACGCCAAUCUCCGGAUCUCCUGCAUCCAGCAGAGAACUCAAGUUAGCCAAGCCUAUAUGGACAGAGAGGGCCUUUCACAGCAAUCCUUGGUGAUCACUGCCCCUAAGUAUCACAAGAGAUACAUCUUGCCAGCUGGAGACCAGUCAAUGCCCAGUGCCGUGCCCAACUUCAGGGAAAUGAACAAGGUCACAAACAGGGCUUCUCAGAUACAUCAAGUAUUCAGUGCCGCAGAAACAAAAGCUAAAGAGAAGCAGCCUUCAUUCAGAAAGGUGCAAUCAAUUACCCGAGUGCCUUCGCAGCGUGCACGUUCAGCAUCACCAGCACAGCGUGCACAUUCCAUGGCACCAUCUAAGACUGCUAUACCCACCAACACAGAUAAGCGAUCAGAAUCACCAAUUCCUUUGACAACUCCACUGACAAGGUCUGCGUCACUCUCAAAGAAGGCAUCCUUGCUCAAGACAUCAAGCGUCAGGGUUCAGGCCACUUCACAGCCCAAGAAAUUGGCACCACUGAGGUCACAGGCUGACAGGAGCAACAACUCAAAGGAUGGUGAGCAUACCCCCAAGAAGAGCAAGAAGUUCCUCAAGUCCAUCCUCAGCAGGCACAAGUCCAGAAAAGAUGAGCCACUGCCGAGUUAUUUUGACGAUUACUGA